AUGUCGUUUCUAGAUAUGGAAUUCGCUUUUUUCAUUGCUCUAGGUAUCACGAUUAAUAUCGGAUAUUUCCUCUGGGUCUCCAGGGACUUCAAUAAAAGCCCACCACCCGCUCCACUUUCUCUCGCCAUGACCCUUGGGAAGACACUCCUUCCUGGUCUCAUUCUUGCCGCUGUAGGCUAUUACCUUCACUUCCUCUAUUCCACGCCCCCAUCACCCCAUUAUGGUGGCCAAUCGACCUCUGCUGGUAUGUUAUAA